ACACUCAGACUUUACAUUUUCCUUGAUCACGUGAGACAAAUAUGGCCUCCACCUGACUGAAUAUUGUCAUUUAAUUUAUUUUGUCAAAUUUCGCUGUUAAAAGAAGAGUAAACGUAGCAAAUUUACAGAGCAGUGGAGAAAGAGGAGAAUUAGUCAAAAUGGCAGAGUACUGGUUGAUUUCUGUUCCUGGAGAGAAGACACUGCAGCAAUCAUUUGAGAACUUAAAUACUGCCACAAUGAGGAACCAGGUCUUGUCAACUAAUUACAAGUUCGCCAUCCCAGAUCUGAAGGUUGGAACUCUAGAUGUUUUAGUAGGUCUAUCUGAUGAUAUGGGCAAACUGGAUGUAUAUUGUGAGAGUGUCACAAGAAAAAUAGCCCAGUAUUUAGGAGAAACAUUGGAAGACCGCAGUGAUAAACUACAGGGAAAUCUGGUGGUCAAUGGACUUGAUAUGGUGACAUACUUGACCAGGUUUCAGUGGGAUUUGGCAAAAUAUCCGACCAAACAGUCAUUAAAGAAUAUAGCAGAAAUCAUUGGAAAGCAAGUCUCACAGAUUGAAACUGACCUGAAAACAAAAGCCACAGCAUACAACAAUUUAAAAGGGAAUCUGCAGAACCUUGAAAGGAAGUCUACGGGAAGCCUGUUCACUAGAAACCUUGCAGAACUGGUAAAGAGAGAAGAUUUUGUGUUGGAAUCUGAGUAUCUACAGACUGUCUUAGUGAUUAUUCCAAAAAAUAUCAUGCAUGACUGGCAGGCCAAGUAUGAAACACUGACAGAUAUGGUAGUUCCAAGAUCAUCAAGGACUCUCUUUGAAGAUGACGAGAACUGCUUGUGUUCUGUGACACUCUUCAGAAAAGUGGCAGAGGACUUCAAAAACAGAUGUAGAGAGAACAAAUUUAUGGUCAGAGAGUUCACUUACAAUGAAAAAGACAUAGCUGAUGGUAAAAUGGAAAUCUCAAAGCUCGAAGAUGACAAGAAAAAGCAAUAUGGUCCAUUGGUGAAAUGGUUGAAAGUUAACUUUGGAGAAAGCUUCUCUGCUUGGAUCCAUGUCAAGGCACUAAGAAUAUUUGUGGAAUCAGUUCUCAGGUAUGGUUUGCCUGUCAAUUUCCUAGCAGUGUUAAUGCAGCCCCACAAGAAGACAACCAGAAAGUUACGAGAAGUCAUGAACCAGCUGUAUGCUCAUUUAGACUCACCUGCCUCUCAAGAUGCUGGACAGAUGGAGAUCCCAGGUUUGGUUGGAAUCAGUAAUUUAGACUACUACCCCUACGUGUAUUACAAAGUCAGUCUGGAUUUAGUAGACCCCACGCAGUAGACCGAGCCGUGGCGGACUGGUGGUUGAAUUAUUCUAUUUCCUAUGGUUGAACACUAUUAGUGCUGGCUGGUAAUGUAUUGGCUAUCAGCUUGAGGGUAAAGGUCAAACCCAUGACAAUAUAGUGAUAUUUACAUUAUAGAGAGUACAUUUCUUAUGUAUAUUUUAUGAACAAGUCAUUCCAUUUCUGAUUAUGUUUUAAAUUUUGUUACUUUUGUUUAUUCAGAGAAACCAACACUUUUGUUGAUAAGAAAGGUACAUAGAGGUGUUGCAUCAAGUUUACUUCCAUUUAGAAUGUAAACUCUUGUUGCCUUCAUUUUCCUCAUUAAAAAAACCUUUUCAUAUAAAUGUGCAUCUUUCUUACCCACGUAGGCACAAUGUUAUAAAUGUUGGUAUCCUUGUUUAAAUAGAAAAGUAACUAGAGUAUGAAAGGUCCCACUAGAGGGUCAUAGAACUGUGAUUUGAAUACGGAUGUAUUUAUUGUUAAUUCUUUUAUUGAAUGUAAAUAAAGUCAACUUUAGAAGUCAACGUACAAUAAACUAGCUUAAUAGAGGCAUUGUUUUCUUUUUGCUAAAUAAUUCUCCAAGAAACAGAAUUGGGUCUCAAGAAUUGGAGUUUGUCGGUGGAAUUUUGUAUGAUGAAAUCUUGUGUGCAUCAGGCAGAAUAGAGCAGCGUUGUAUAUUCUAUGUAUCACUUGCAAUAUAAGCAGAUAUUGAAGCUAGUCAUUAUUACAGAUAGAUAUAUAUAACACGUCAAUAUGUGUACAUGUAUAUGGACUUCAUCUGAUGAAAAUAAAUUAUGCUGAUAAG